AUGGGGCUUUUCUGGAAUGUUACUCACAUCUUGGGCGAACUUCAAAAGGUACAAAAGGACCAUGAGGGCCCUGAUUUUAGAAAACCGGCAACUAGGGUAGCCACGACUCAGCUGCUGAUCGCUUGCUCUUUGGGACUGUUUGCUUUCCUUGUAUUCUCAAUGUUAUUGAAGAAAUUGCCAAAACUGUAUGCGAGCAGAAUGGGGCGGUCUCAGGGAUCACUGCCCUCGUGGGAUGACACGUCUCUUUUUGCAUGGGUUCCAGUUUUAUACAAAAUCAGCGAAAGUCAGGUUUUGGAAAGCGCUGGUUUAGACGCCUACGUGUUUUUAGGGUUUUUCAAAAUGUGCAUCAAACUUUUGGCGAUCUGCUGUGCAUUCUCAGUAUGCCUUAUUUCGCCAAUUAGAUAUCAUUUUACGGGGAGGUACGACGACGGAGGCGAAGAGAGCUAUUUGAGCGCUAAAAAUGCAUUGUACAAUAACAGUGGUGACAAUGUUGGCGACGGCCAGGGCCCAGAGACAGCAGAGCUGUAUCUAUGGAUGUACGUCGUUUUCACGUGCUUCUUCACGCUUCUUUCGUUGUACCUUCUUAUCGAGCAAACUAAGGUGGUGGUCAAUACCCGUCAGCGUUAUUUAGGACGGCAAAACACGCUUACCGAUAGAACUAUUCGUCUUACUGGAAUUCCCGUUGAACUUAGGGACGCUGCCGCGUUGAAGGCAAGAAUUGAAGAGCUAGAAAUAGGAAGCGUGGCGUCCGUUAGCAUAUGCCGUGAGUGGGGUCCUCUCAACAAUCUUUUCCAUUAUCGAAAGAAGGUACUCGAAAAGCUGGAACUCGAGUACGCCCGGUGUCCCGAGUCUCUUCGUGAUGUUGAACACUUUGAUGAAAAUUACAGACUAAGAAGCGACUCAUCAAGAGACGACUUAGACCAGGCAGCAGAUCACUCACCUGAACUACCAGAUGCCGAUGCACCAGACUCCAACCGUCUGUACUCCCACAUUCAGCUACGGGGCCGUCAAAAGACCAGAACUGGGUUAUUCGGACUCUUUGGCGAGCGUGUGGACGCCAUAGAUUACUUGGAAAGGCAGUUGAAAUAUAUCGACGAUGAAAUUGUGGAGGCUCGUAAGAAGUCAUACCCAGCAACGCCUACUGCUUUCGUCACUAUGGAUUCGGUUGCCAAUGCUCAAAUGGCGGCUCAAGCUGUGCUUGAUCCCCGUGUUCAUUACUUCAUUACCAGGUUAGCCCCUGCGCCUCAUGACAUCAAAUGGGACAACGUCUGUCUAUCGAGGAAAGAAAGAUUGACUAAAGUGUGGUCAAUAACCAUUUUCAUUGGGUUUUGCAGCUUUUUCCUCGUAAUUCCAGUAUCCUAUCUGGCUACUUUGCUGAAUUUGAAGUCCAUUUCGAGAUUCUGGCCUCAACUUGGCAAGUUUUUGAAAGAAAGACAAUGGGCACAAAACCUUGUAACAGGUCUCCUACCGACAUAUUUAUUCACAUUGUUGAAUAUCGGGGUUCCAUACUUUUACGAGUUUCUCACAUCUAGACAGGGCCUCGUGUCUUACAGUGAAGAAGAGGUCUCGCUGGUUUCCAAGAACUUUUUCUACAUUUUUGUCAAUUUGUUUUUGGUGUUUACCUUGGCAGGUACUGCUUCUAAUUAUUGGGGCUACCUAAGCGAUACAACAAAAAUAGCCUAUCAGUUGGCAACGUCCGUGAAAGAAUUUUCGUUAUUUUAUGUCGAUUUGAUUAUUCUUCAGGGCAUCGGAAUGUUCCCUUUCAAGCUUCUUUUGGCAGGAAGCCUCAUUGGGUUCCCCUUUGUCAAAAUCAAGUGCAAGACGCCAAGACAAGAGAAAGAAAUGAUGAAACCUCCAAUAUUCAAUUUUGGUCUCCAGUUGCCGCAACCAAUACUUAUUUUAAUUGUGACGCUCAUUUACAGUGUAAUGAGCACGAAAAUACUCGCUUCUGGGCUAGCCUACUUUGUGAUAGGGUUUUACGUCUACAAAUACCAAUUGGUCUUUGCCACUGACCAUUUACCUCAUUCCACCGGGAAAGUCUGGCCUUUGAUUUUCAGAAGAGUUAUUCUCGGCUUAUUACUGUUUCAGCUAACAAUGGCUGGUACCCUGGCAGGAUUCCAGGGUGGGUGGAUACUAUCAUGUUGCUUGGCACCUUUGCCAUUGAUCACACUCAGCUUUCUAUGGGAUUUCGAAAAGAACUACCUCCCUCUAUCAAAUUUUAUUGCAUUAAGCUCCAUGCGUGAAUACGAGCGAGACAAUGACACGGUUUCCAACAUUGCGGGAACCGGAAAUUAUGAAUACCCAUACCUGGUCACUCCAUUAGAAAGACCGCUUGUGAAGUAA